CAGGGAUGACGGUGUUUCUGCAGCUCUGUGAACAGAAAGUUGAUGCAGAUGUUUGGAUCGAACCAUCCAGACUUCAAGUCUAUGAAUACAAGCCUGUCUCUUUAAGAUGUGUGGGCUUCGAUGGUUUGACUGAUGUGAACAUUUCACGGUGGAGCAAAGCAGGAAAGGAAACUUGUGAUGGUUCAAAAUGGGGCUCGUUUCAUGAGUUGAAUUGCAACAUUACAUCUCCUUAUAAAGAGGACAGUGGAGAUUACUGGUGUGAGGCUGGAGGGAAGAAAAGCGUCUAUGUGAACGUCAUUAUCACCGGUGGCUCUGUGAUCCUGGAGAGUCCUGUGCUUCCUGUGAUGGAGGGAGAAUCUGUGACUCUGAGCUGCAGAAACAAGACGAGCACUACCUCCAUCCUCUCAGCUGACUUCUAUAAAGAUGGCCGCCUCAUCAGGAGCAGCUCUUCAGGAAACAUCAACAUCCAAGGGGUUUCUAAAUCUGAUGAAGGACUCUACAAGUGCAGCAUCUCUGAUGGUGGAGAAUCACCAGAGAGCCGGCUGGCUGUCAGAGCUGUUCACAUAGAGAUGUGUCCCUCCUCGGAUCACUCCCUUUACGUCCUCCUCGUCUUAAGGACUGUGUUCACC